GACAUGAUCGAGGCUUCAGUGGGCAGUUUGUUUUCACGACUUUGGUUUAGGCCUAUUCAUAAUUUAGUAGGUUCAGGGCAACCAUUCAGUGUAGCUAUGGGAAUUUGCACUGGUAUGGUUGUCGAUGUUGAUAAUGAACAUGGCUGAUAAAAAAGGGGAGGUCAAGUGGAUCGGUAAAAACAGAGAUCAAGAAUGGAAGGACAUUCAAGUAGAUCCGAAGUACUCAAAAGUCGGAGAAAGAAUUCGGCAUAUAACACCCACCGCUUUCCAAUGCUCAAUGUUUUGCGGUGGGAAACAAUGCAAGUAUGACAACCCAACAAAAUGGAAAGAUGAAGAAAUGGCAAUAAGGGGCUUGUAUUCAUCAUGGAUUACUGGUAGAAUUCUGGCAAUGGCAAGGCCAUCAACUUAUGCAAUCAAUGAAUUUGAUGUCCUAAAGCAGUUCAAAUCAAACAAUAUUUCAGCGAUCAUCAACCUACAACAUCCUGGAGAGCAUGCAAGUUGCGGCUUUGGGCUGGAGCCAGGUGGUUUCUCCUAUGUUCCACAGGAGUUCAUGGAUGAAGAUGUGUUUUUCUACAACUUUUGUUGGGACGAUUAUGGUGUGCGCGCUUUGCAGUCGAUAGUUGACAUGGUGAAAGUAAUGGACUUUGCUCUUGCAGAUGGAAAAGUCGCCAUUCACUGUCAUGCUGGACUAGGCCGCACCGGUGUGCUCAUCGCUUGCUAUUUUGUUUAUUCUCAGAGAAUGAAAGCCGACUCGGCCAUAAAUACUGUUCGGGCGAAAAGGCCCAAAGCUAUACAGACACGAGGACAAAUUGCCUGUGUCAGGGAUUUCGAGACAUAUUUAAAGCCAAUGUGGAUAAUAUUUGCUAACUCGUCUACAAAACAUAAACCGUUUUCUCUUAUGCAAUUUCUAAAGCGACAAGCUCAUAUUCUCCAUGGAGAGGAAGAGAGAGAUCUUAGAUAUGUUCCAAAAGUCGUGUUCGUGAUAUGCCAACGCCUUCUUGAACUCGCAGGAAUCGAUUUUCAGUUAAGGAGCGUAACUGUAUUAAGGAGACGUGCUUUUACAUCGCUAAGUCUUUCCGAUGAAUCAAGUGACUUGCUGUCAUCAGAAGGAGAUGCAUCGUCAGGAAAGCUCGACGCUUCGUCUAAGGAACAUAAGAAUAAAUCUGACAGUGAUUUUGACGUAGGACAUAUUUUUGACAAGAAAAACAUUGAUGAUGACGUAACAGAUGGUUUAUUUCCUGGGGAAUUAAAAGACAAUGUCUACUAUGAUUCUUUUGGAGAUGGUCCGGAAGAACUUUGUGGGAUGGACGAACUAGAACCAGAGCAAGCAAUUCAUCACUCAGUUUCCGAAUCUGUAUUGCUAGGCUCGAAUAAAGCAGCUAGAUUUAACAUUGAUACGCACAGGGGUAGUUCGAGAAAUAGAGGGGAAUCUUUAAAAUUAUUUAAUAACGAGGAAGUCUACGUCAGUUGCGAGAAUGCUAGAGCUUCUGAUAGUGACGAAACUAUAUCAAUAAAGAUAGAUAAAGAAUCAUCUGUAAUCAGCGGCAAGUCCGAGAAUCCCAGAGAUUCAUCUGUUUUUAUGUCACAUGAGACAAUCAAUGGACAAGAAGUAGAGGCUGAAGUAAAAAGGAGAGGGUCCCAACCAGCAACACAGGAUCAAUCCAAUUCAUCUGAAGCUGUAACUGAAGAAAAGGGUUUUAAAGCCCAAAAUUCUAUUGAGUUGGAUAGCAGCGUUUUAACAAAUGUGGCUGCGAGCCUGGCACCAAAAGUCAAUUUAGGCAGAAUUAUGUCAAAGCUUGAAAAGUAUAAGAACGACCUGAAUGAAUCGGAGUGCACAUGGGAUCAGUUAUCAAAAGAAGAGAAUCCUUUUCUUUUAUCCUGCUUGCUGUGGCACUGGUUUGAGCAUUUAGAGCCUCCUGUAAUAGUUGACAAAGAUUUAGAAAUAAUCGCACAAUGUGAAGACGAUUCCUUGAAAGGCUUCGAGUCACUAGACAGGGAUAAACGGAAGACACUACAAGUUGUGAUGUUGACAUUCUUAAAGUUGGCAAGCUGUUCCGAUGAACUCAAGGACAAAGCAUUGCAAAAAAUAUCUACGGUGUUCACCAGAAUGACUACAAUGCCAAAGAAAUCUCGAUCAGAGAGAGCUGCUUUAAUCAGAGAUACAAGCGGUGAUAAUUUGCAGACUAAUGCUGGUAGCUUUGAUUUUUUCAGUUUUUUAGACAGACUUUGUACCACAAAAGUUUUUUAUGUCUAACAUUGUUUACUUUGAUGUGUGAUAUACUGUUCCUUGAA